AUGACCGACCAAAACUAUCUGAGGGACUUUGAGAAAUUUUUGGGCAAUGACUUCAAUGCCUCUCGUAUCUGUUCAGAGCUUCUGAAAACUUCAAACGUCGAUUCCGAAUCUACCGAGCUCGAUCUGGUCACAUCAAUAAAAAAAAUCAGAUACAGUAUAGAUGACGUUGAUCAAAGAACCGAAGAUGCUAUCAGAGCAAAUCCGCUUCAAUUAAUUGAUAGUUUUGAUAAACGAAACCUAACGCAGUCGACAACUCGCGAGUCUUUGAGUUCCAGUUUUGAAUAUCUGAACAUAUCAUAUAAGAGACUUGAUAAAGAUAUCCUUGAGCCUUACGAAGAUUGUUUGCACUUACAAUCGGCACUUAGUAAGAUUCAUCAAACUGCCAGUAUAUUGAGAGACGUACUAAUUUUCUUACAUUUGCUAAGUCAGAUAUCCAGCGGCGAAUCUUUGAGUUCCCAUGAUAGGUCUUUGGAUCAAAACAUGUUAGCGCUAGCUUCACUCCACUCUCAAAUUCAAGUAGAAUUAGAUUCAAAUCCCAAUUUAAGAGCUCUGACGCUAGUGAAAAAGCACGAAACAGAGAUUAUCGUUCCUAGCCGCCACGAAACCCUUAGGGUAAUGUCUGAAAAAUUAAUCAAAGACUGUGCUGGCAAAAUAACGUCUCAAUCAGAGCUACAAGAUGUUGGACAGUAUCUGUUUGCCCUUCGCAAAAUUUCUCAAAAAGAUUUCAUUGGCACCGUGGACAAAAUAGUAUUAUCGAGAGUAAGUUACAGUACACAAGCGCUGUCUAAAACCAUUACUUCAAUCAGGAACUUCCCUAUCAUUUUGAAAGAAAUAAUACAAGAAGCACGCAGCAUCUCCUUUUUUGAGGAAACGCUCCGAGCAACCACCAUUGACAAUCUAAGUCUUCUCAGUGAGUAUUUAUCGCACAAAAAAUACAACUCAUUGACCGAAUUGUUUUGGGUCCGUAUUGCCAAGUCUUUUAAAAGAGACUUUGAAAUAUCAUACAACAGAGGAGGGCCGGUGGGUAAGUCUUUGGCAUCCAAUUCCUCUAUGAUUAGGCAAAGCAUCGUUCAUGCCGGCGAUGGUCAAGGUGUGGGCGAUAGGAGCUUUGACGUCGACAAGAUGCUCGAUUCUAUAUCUAUUCUAAGUGCUCAAAGUUCGAAAUAA